GGGCUGUGGGGUCACCUUGUCCUCCUCUCUCCUGGCACCCCAAGUCGUCUGCAUUGUGUGUCAUGCAGUGGGAGAGCGCCUUGGCCUGGACCUCAAGCCACCCACGUUCUAAUCCCGCCUCUAUCAGGUCCUAGAGCUGUGGCCUCAGAUCACUCCCCGGUGCCACGGCAGCUGAGUGCGCCUCAAACCUGAAGAAAAUCUACACAGUGCAGACAGUGCAGAUCUUCUGGAGUGUGUACAAUAAUAUCCCUCCUGUGACCAGCCUGCCUUUGAGAUGUAGUUAUCAUUUAAUGAGAGGAGAGAGGCGACCACUUUGGGAAGAGGAGAGUAAUGCAAAGGGUGGUGUGUGGAAGAUGAAAGUUCCCAAGGACAGCACACCCACAGUUUGGAAAGAGUUGCUAUUAGCCACCAUCGGGGAGCAGUUCACAGACUGCGCAGCAGCAGAUGAUGAAGUAAUAGGAGUUAGUGUCAGUGUUCGGGACCGAGAAGAUGUCAUUCAAGUCUGGAAUGUAAAUGCCUCUUUAGUUGGUGAAGCGACCGUGUUGGAAAAGAUCUAUAAACUUCUGCCCCACAUACCUUUUAAAGCAGUGUUUUAUAAACCCCAUGAAGAGCAUCAUGCUUUUGAAGGUGGACGUGGAAAACAGUAAUUGCACUCUGUAAAGAAUUCUUUGUCCUUUGCUGAUUGGUUUUGGAACCGGUCUUAACAGCAGGGAGAGUGAAGAGAAGACAUGCGGAAGCCCGAUGCUGCUCAAUUUAGAGUGGGUUCUGUCCCUGCGGGCUGGGCGCUUAGGAUCAAAGUGG